GAUGCGAUCAUGGGGAAAAUGGAUAAUGCUACAGCCAAGGCACAACUCGGCCGCGCAACCUGGCACUUUCUACACACCAUGACGCUGCGCUUCCCCGAAACCCCCACAAAAGCGCAAUCAGAGCAGCUCAAAGAUUUUAUUACGCUCUUCUCCCAUCUCUACCCCUGCGGCGAAUGUGCAUCUCAUUUCCAGCUGCUCCUUCAGAGAUAUCCGCCGCAAGUGCGCUCACGAAAGCAUGCCAGCCUGUGGCUGUGCAGCGUCCACAACAAAGUGAACGAACGGCUCGGCAAGCCGAACUUUGAUUGCGGCAAGCUGGACCAGACGUACGACUGUGGAUGUGGGAUCGACGCCAUC